UGUCAAAAGCUGAUACAACAAAAAGAUGGAAUCCAGCAAAAUAAAAAGGAAUGAGUGAAAUACAUCCUAUUCUACUUUAAAAUCUCAUGGUUGUUACCGUUGUUACUCGUAAAAUGUAUCCAAAGUGCAGUGAUCCGUUUGGCAAUAGAAUUUUACGAGUGCUUUCAUUCAGUGUGGUGAAAUAGACACAUCAAACAAAAUAUCGGGUCGUUGUGUGCUUAUUAAAUAUUACGGGAGAAUUUGAUUAAUCUGUUUAAUACGAGGUGCAGAUCCGUGAUUCAUGUCGGAACUCAAGCAAGACACGCCCGCCGAGGAUGACAUGGCCACGAAGGUAUUCUGGGAGAUUCUGUCUCCACUUGGCUACAUACCCCAGCCGGUGAAGGAAGCAUUGCGGAGCACAGGUUUCGAUAAUCUGCUAUCACUUUCCGCUAUGCAGGACUCGGACCUGAAGGAUAUUGCCGCCCAGUUUAAACUUGCAAUGGGACAUCAACGGCUUAUAAGGGUUCUGUCGGAGCGGGUUAAUCAGCUAGGGUUGGAUGAUCUAACAGCUAAACUGCUGCGGAAGCUCGAUCGUCAGGCGUCCACAAUUGUGAAAGUGCCUAAACCAACACCUCCGAAUCCAACAAGUAGCGAUUCGCGGGACGAGACUUCCCCAUCCCGGCCUGUGCCAUCUGCAGAAGCUCUCGUGGAAAUCUACCGCAGCAAACUACAGCAAAACAUUCUAUCCUGGCUCACAACGCAUGGUGAGGUGGGAAUAAAGGAAAUCGAACUGCAGGAUAUCAAUAUCAAUGUUUCGAUUCUGGAAGGUAAACUUCAAGGCUCGGUAAUAUGUCCCUUCUGUAGGAUGGAAAUAAAAAUCUACAUUCGUGCCCCGGAUGCCGACAGCAGUGGUGCGAUCGCAAACUCGAACUAUAUUAAGCACUACAACAGAAUGCAUAGGAAGAUUCCACUGCCACCAAAAUCCCCGGCAACUGGUAGCUGGCCGGCUAGUUUUAGCCAUGGGACGCCACCCCUGAGUACGAUGCUGAAUCUGGAGCAACACCAGCAGGCAUUGGCACAAUUGCACGCCGAACAGGAAGCAUUUGUCGCUGCAAGUGGUGCGAGCAGCGCUGGACGGGGAGGUGGAACACCCGGUAGUGGUGGUGGUGGUGCGAGUGGGAAUACUCAGCUACCCAACCCAGCAACGAUAUACGAAUUACUGUUCAAACAGGAAUCCGCAAGCUGGAGCGAUUAGUAAUAUGCAAGAAAUUCUCUGAAUAUUGCUGUGAAUUUGUUUACGCGUGGGUGUGGGUGUGUUUUUGUGACUUAUAACGUGAUGCAAUUGUGAUGAAUCGUGUGCUGAACCUCGCUCAGUAGAGGAUCUAGCCGUUAAGUGAAACUUGACGUAUCGUACUGAGAUCCUAUUGAUAACUCCGUAUACUAAACAGUGUCUUGGAUUAGUCCAUGAAGUUUAUUUUUGUGUUUAUUUUCUAAUCUUAAAGAUGAAAUUGAAAAUAUCUACUAUUCAUUUCUUUUAAUCGUAAUACCCAAAUGAACACUAAAUAUAUUCAUGUUCCUUCGACAUAA